AUGACGAGGAUAAGAAAUGACUUGUUGCUAAAAUGCUUGGGUCACAUCUCUCGACGUGGAGACGAGACACUUUCCCAGUUCCUGAAGCGGAUCACCCACGUUUACUUCCAGGACAAAAACAUCUCUGUUAUCGAGAACCUGCACGACUGUGCUAAUCUAUCAGUUCUCUAUCUUUACGAUAACAAAAUUGAGGAGAUAACCAACCUAACUUUUGCAGUCAAUCUCACUCAUCUCUAUCUUCAGAAUAACGUUAUAUCAAAACUAGAUGGACUUUAUCGAUGUUGCAACCUAAACAAGCUGUAUCUCGGGUUCAACAAGAUAAUUGUCAUUGAAAAUCUUGAGAAAUGUACCGAACUGAAGGAGCUUCAUGUGGAGAAUCAAAAACUACCGACUGGAGAGAAAAUGUUGUUUGAUCCCCGUACACUGAUGUGUUUAUCACAGUCACUACUGGUCCUGAAUAUCUCAGGUAACGGUGUUGAUUCUGUGAACGAGUUAGCGUGUCUCAAGAGUCUUACCCAACUCAUAACUAAAGACAACAAGCUGACUAGUAUGAAGGAACUGUCACGAGUUUUUGGGUCUCUUUCUUCGCUGUGGAAACUGGAAAUCGAGGGAAAUCCCGUGUGUUCGAAACCUAAGUUUAGAGAUCGUGUCAUCAUCAUGGCAGGCAAUCUUGCUAUGAUGGAUGGUAAAGAAAUAACUGAUACAUCUAGAAAGUUCCUUCAGAACUGGAGAAAUAUGCGAGAUAUGCGGAAGAGGGCAAGUGAGCAGGAUGUCCUACCACCCAUAACAAAUGGCCCUGAAGAUGUUGUGCAGCAAAACAACACCAACAAUCGUAGCUCUGAAAAGUCAAGAGAACCACCAGGUCAACCAACUAACGGCCGGAACGGGACACACAACGGGACACACAACGGGACACACAACGGGACACACAACGGGACACACAACGGCAUACCUGGCAGUAACGGUGAAGUAUUUACUCCGCAGAACUCUCUCUUGUGGGCUACUGAAAACAAUCAAAAUAAUGGUGUUUAUAAGAUACGGUGAGAAUGUUGUUAUUUUCAGUUUUCCCACUUUUCAGAACUUCUGAUAUCAUUUGUGGACUUGCUAUUUUUGUCACUGUAUAAAGCUAUCUGGAUAGAUUUCCCUUUAGAAGCAUAAAACAAUAAGGUACAGCGUGUGCCCUAAAUUGUUUACAAAAAUCUGUUCAAGUUCUCAACCCGAUAAUUGCUUCCUGUUCUUUGCAUUAAAUUUGAUUGCGUAUUAUUACCAAGUAAAGUAUUUAUUAACUGCUUGUAAAUUCAAGUGUGGUUUUAUCACAGAAUUUCGAUUAGUAAACGGACGAAAGUCUCUGAUAACAGUGUAGUUAAUUUUCUGGGGUUUGUUUUGUAACAGAUCAUUUGAGUGCUGGAACAUUAUUAACGUCUUUUUUGUAGAAUAAUUCACGAUUUUAUAUGAAAUUUCGAUAAAAGCUGUGAUGGUUGAGUAUAAUCACUGAUAUUUUUAUCUGUAGAUACUAGAUAUAGGAUAGAGAAAUUCGUUUUUUUUUCCAAUCUUUUUUAGGUUGAUUAUAGUAGGUAAUAUUUGAAAGUUAUGAUGAUGAUCUGUUGAAUAAUUUAAUGUACGGACGAAACAUUAAUUUGUGAAAAUGGCUUUUUGAUGCAACAAAAUUUCGUUAUGCUGGACAAAAAUACGAGUAAUUGAAAA